AUGGUUGAUGGAGUGGAAAAAGCUCAUGUCCCCUCUUCAACACCUAUGAUUACAAACAUUGAAGGCCUUUAUUGCUGUAAUAAAUUUAUGUUAAAAAAUGUUUACCGCGGAAUUAUAUGUAUCUCGAAUGAUACACACAUAGUUUUGAUUAACCCCUCUACUAGAGAAUCUCGAAAUUUACCUUUCCCAUGGUAUUCAUACCCAUAUGCUAACAUGCUUGAUUCUUAUGUUUUGGGUGUAUGGUUUGAUCAUCAUCAGUCUAAUUCAAAUCAGCCUCCUCAAGGAGCCCUACAACAUUACAAAGUUUUUAGGGCGGUUAUUUCCUUUAUUGGACGAACUUAUCGUGAAUUUCAAGAUGUUAACAUUAACAUAUUGUUUGAGAUAUAUGAUUCUAGGGAGGAUUGUUGGAGGCAAGGCAAGACAUUAAUGUGUAAAGAUAUUAGUACUUGGAGCCAUUUGUUAUUUAAUGGAAUUUUUCACUUAUCUGUUGUUGAUGGGGAUAAUUCUAUGAUCACAAUUGAUGCAAAAUCAGAGAUGUUGGGACGCCUUCCACUUCCAUCUGAAAUUAAUGAUCCGUUUAAAGCACCCUCGUUGUAUAUCCUUAGGGGAUCUCUAGCCUUGUUUGUAGAUAAUUACAACGACAAAGCUACCGAUAUAUGGUUGAUGAAUGAAUAUGGGGUUAAACAAUCGUGGACAAAGCAAUACACUAUCGAAUUUGAUGCUUCCUCGAUGCGAAGUCAGUGUAUGGCCGCGAUAACGUUUUGGAAAUACAUGGACAAGGAAGAGGAGGAGGAUGAGUUAUUCCUUCAAAAUAGUGAUGGAAAACUCAUCUCUAUUAACCUUAUUACUAAGAAAGUAACACAUUUUGAAUUUUAUGGUAUUCCUUGUCCAAUGACAAUUGUACCUUAUAUUGAGACUUUACUUCCUCUCAAGUGA